UGGGCGGGUACUCGCUGAGGCUGCGGGUCGUCGUCGGUGUUGUUGUUGUUGAGUUGGACAUGGCCAGCUUCCCUUACGGCUCGAACUACCCUGGGUCAUCAGGGCCUGCACCAGGGGCUCCACCAGGCAGCUACUUCUCAAGGCAACACCAAGCUGGAGGCCAAUACGGCCCCCAUUCUGGCCAGUAUGGGGGCCCACCACCAGGUAGUCCUUACGGAGGGCCACAACCAAGCGCACCUUAUGGAACAUCAGGAGCAGGUGGGCAAUAUGGAAACCAAGCACCAGGUGCACCAUAUGGAGCUCCACCACCAGGAGGGCACUUUGGAGCCCCUGCACAGGGAGGCCAGUGUGGACCUUCAGCUCCAGGAGCCCCAUAUGGGAGUGCAUCUUCAGCAGGACAUUAUGGAGGCCCAGCACCAGGUGGUCCAUAUGGAGGACAGCCAUAUGGAAUUCCACAGCAAGGCCCAUAUGGAUCAGGUGCUCCUUCAGCUGGUGGCGUGCCAGCAGGAGUAGAUCCCGAAGCUUAUUCCUGGUUCCAAUCGGUGGAUGCAGAUCGUAGUGGCUACAUCUCGCUGAAGGAACUCAAGCAGGCACUUGUUAACAGCAACUGGUCGACGUUUAAUGAUGACACCUGCUACAUGUUGCUCAAUAUGUUUGACAAAACCAAAAUUGGUAAGAUUGAUCUGUAUGGAUUUUCUGCACUGUGGGGAUUUCUGCAGCAGUGGCGCAACAUGUUCCAGCAGUUUGAUCGGGAUCGAUCAGGAGCCAUAAACCCCCAGGAGCUGCAACAAGCGCUCUCUCAGAUGGGUUACAACUUAAGCCCACAGUUUGUCCAGUUCCUGAUAACACGAUAUGCACAUAAAACAGCUCAGUCUACCAUUCAGCUGGACAGUUUCAUCCAGAUUUGUACACAGUUGCAGAGCACAACCGAUGCCUUCAAAGAGAAAGACACCAACCGUUCUGGAAAUGUCCGCAUCAGUUAUGAGGACUUUCUCAUUCUUGCUAUAUCACGCAUGCUAUGAUCUGUUGUGAUAUUUGAAAAGGAAAGAAGUUAGGACAACUAGGUUGAGUGUCCAUUCACUGACUGUGGUCAGCUAAAUGGAUUAAACAUAGAAUUGUAAUUUUAAAAAUGUAAUGUGAACAAAGGGAGCAAUUUGAAAUGGAUGACAGCACUGUACUGUCUUGUACCACCAGUUUUGGACCAAUGCUGUACUUUUCACGCACCGUAAUUAUAGCACUAUUUAGCAAUGUAUUUACAAAUAACAAGCUCUCAUUGUUUGGAAUCUGUUAAAGGAUGUGCUUAUUUUUAAAAUUUUCCAUAAGUCAAAUUGGAAUAAUGUUUGAUUUGAAACCACUUCCAAUGUAACACUGACUGCAGAAAGUGGCUUUGGUGUAAGAGUGGCCCUAUACAACAUAUUUAAAAUUUAUAGCCUAUGGUUUGAAAUGGGUGUAAUUCUAAUAAAACUUCUUUAUAAAGUUCUGUAUAGAGCAACAUUACUUAUAUGGAGUAGAUCAUAUUUUUUCCGUAUUGAUUUUUUUAACCAUUUUGUCUCCCAAAAAUUAAAAAGAAAAUUUCAGUGA